AUGGCCGUGUCUCAAAAACUGGUCACAAUUACCUUUAUCUUCGCAACAAUACUGCUCUGUACUGUACUAUUCACGAGAUCAUCCCCUCACUUCUCGAGAUCAAUAUCGUUACAGAAUCAUGCAGAUGUCUUUAGUAACGAUCCUCAUUUAAACUCAAGACUUGCACACGCCGAAAAGCUAUGGAAACGCUCCAUUAAGGCUCGCGAGGAGAUGGUCGAAGUAGUCGGCUACGACAAAACCUUUCCCGACGGAUACAUGAACCCCUUCAACGUCUGGGAUUUUGCUCGCCCCAGCUUCUUCUGUCCCCACGAUCUUGAACGCGUUGGGUCAAUCAGCGAUGGCGGCAAGAUAAUCUGCGGCAUGUCGCGUUAUGAGAAGGAAUGUCCUGGCCCAUCCUCAGACUCAAAUAAGGCAAGGGAGUUGAUCGUCUACUCAUUCGGUGUGAGCGUCGACUCCUCCUUUGAGGCAGAGCUGCUCCAGCGCACAAAUGCUCGGAUAUGGGGAUAUGAUGGUACCGUUGAUAAGUGGGCGCAGCAAGUUCCUGAGUGGAUAUGGUCGCGAGCCAAAUUUCAAAAGGUUAUGAUCGGGAAGGUAUCGGACGGCAAGGCUAGACCGCCUGUGUUUUCGAUACAGGAUCUGAUGAAGGCGAAUGGGCAUUCUUAUGUUGAUCUCAUCAAGAUGGACAUAGAAGGUGCAGAGUUUGAUGUUCUGACGUCGCUGAUCGACUUUGUUAAAGAGCAGAGGAAGAACGGCAAUGUGACGUUGCCAUUUGGUCAGUUGUUGGUCGAGAUGCAUCUCAAGCAAGCGCCAGAAGGCGUUACGGUUCCAAACGACCUUCGAUCCUGGCUGGAGUGGUGGUAUUCGCUAGAGGAGAUGGGCUUAAGGCCAGUGAGCAAUGAAGAUAAUUGGAUAGGCGAUAGGGUAUAUGGCAUGCCCAGAUUCAUGGAGUACACGUUUAUCAAUGCAGUGGAUAAGGAACGAAACUUGUUACUAUGGACAUGA